AAUCCACUACCGAACUUCCUGCAAGUGAGCGAAUUGAUCGCCUGUGGCAUUGAAGUUGACUCGGCUUAUAAACCGAUACUGAAGAUGGAGCAAUUAGGCAAAACUGUAGCAGGGGAACGAACGUUAAGUGAUGCGUAUGUGAGGAUUGGUGAAGUGGGCGAUGAGAUUGCAAAAAUUUGCAGUUCACAAGGGAAAAGUGCCGUUAUCGUGUGUGAUGCGAUUGGCAUUGACGCGCUGUUUAGGCGAAUCACUCGACGAAGUGAUAUUCCCGAGAAUUUGGAGUCGACAGCAUACAUGCAAAGAUGUUAUCCACAAUGCUCUACGAUCACACUGGAGUGGAAUGCAAAAACGCGCUGUUGGCAAUGCAAAUCGAACGCAAUUCCACCAAUGACAAUGUUCCAUACGACUAACAUUGUGAAAAUUCCCUCAUUUGGUCGGAACACCAAAUUCUCCGAUAUACCAUCGGAACAAGAACCACUUUAUUGA